CACAAGCAGGCAGUCUGCUGCUUUGGCUUUGCUGUCGGCAGAGAGGACUUCAGUCGUGCCUGAGGGCCGCUUGCCCACUAUUGCUGGAGACCGGAGGGCGCUGCCUUGCAACCCUGACUUACCGGCACUGCACCCGGACUGUUGCAAGUAGCUGUUGUGCUGUCUUUUCCCUGGGAGACUUCCAGGACUCUGAAGAAACAGUUACAAGCAGGAUGCUUUUCCCCACCUCUGCGCAAGAUUCUUCCCGUGGCCUCCCAGAUGCAAAUGACUUGUGCCUUGGCCUGCAGUCCCUCAGUCUCACAGGCUGGGACCGACCCUGGAGCACCCAGGACUCAGAUUCUUCAGCCCAGAGCAGCACACACUCAGUAUUGAGCAUGCUCCACAAUCCAUUGGGCAGUGUCCUGGGGAAACCCCCCUUGAGCUUCCUGCCUCUGGACCCCCUUGGAUCUGACUUGGUGGACAAGUUUCCAGCACCCUCCGUUAGAGGAUCCCGCCUGGACACCCGGCCCAUCCUGGACUCCCGUUCUAGCAGCCCCUCUGACUCAGACACCAGUGGCUUCAGCUCUGGAUCAGAUCAUCUCUCAGAUUUGAUUUCAAGCCUCCGAAUUUCUCCUCCCCUGCCCUUCCUGUCUCUGACGGGGGGUGGUCCCAGAGACCCUUUAAAGAUGGGGGUUGGGUCCCGGCUGGACCAAGAGCAAGCUGCUCUGGCUGCAGUCACGCCCUCCCCAACCAGCGCAUCAAAGAGAUGGCCAGGAGCUUCUGUGUGGCCAUCCUGGGACCUCCUUGAAGCUCCCAAAGACCCCUUCAGCAUAGAGAGAGAGGCCAGGCUACACAGGCAAGCUGCAGCUGUGAAUGAAGCCACCUGUACCUGGAGUGGCCAGCUUCCUCCCCGGAACUACAAGAACCCCAUCUACUCUUGCAAGGUGUUCCUAGGAGGUGUCCCUUGGGAUAUUACGGAAGCUGGAUUGGUUAACACCUUCCGUGUUUUUGGCUCUUUGAGUGUGGAGUGGCCUGGUAAGGAUGGCAAGCACCCCCGGUGUCCUCCCAAAGGUAAUAUGCCUAAAGGGUAUGUAUAUCUGGUCUUCGAACUAGAGAAGUCUGUCCGGGCCUUGCUUCAGGCUUGCUCUCAUGACCCGCUGAGCCCAGAUGGCCUGAGUGAAUAUUACUUCAAGAUGUCCAGCCGGAGGAUGCGCUGCAAGGAGGUACAAGUGAUCCCCUGGGUCUUGGCCGACAGCAACUUUGUUCAGAGCCCAUCUCAGAGACUUGACCCCAGCAGGACGGUAUUUGUCGGUGCUCUGCACGGGAUGCUCAAUGCCGAGGCCCUGGCAGCCAUUCUGAACGACCUAUUUGGUGGUGUGGUGUAUGCUGGGAUUGACACAGAUAAGCACAAGUAUCCCAUUGGGUCUGGUCGCGUGACUUUCAAUAACCAACGUAGUUACCUGAAAGCAGUCAGUGCUGCUUUUGUGGAGAUCAAAACCACCAAGUUCACCAAGAAGGUUCAGAUUGACCCCUACUUAGAAGAUUCUCUGUGUCAUAUCUGCAGUUCUCAGCCUGGUCCUUUUUUCUGUAGAGAUCAGGUGUGCUUCAAGUACUUCUGCCGGAGCUGCUGGCACUGGCGGCACAGCAUGGAGGGCCUGCGCCACCACAGCCCCCUGAUGCGGAACCAGAAGAACCGAGAUUCCAGCUAGAGGAGCUGGCCUUGCCCAGUGGCCUGUGGCGCCUGAGGCUGGCAGGUCAGGCAGUAGCCUGCACCACCCUGCCACUGGCCACCAGGGAGCUGGCUUCCCGAGGACAAGGGAAAAUCGUAGUCACCUUUGCACUUGCUGAAUCUGUCUUUGUUUCUGCACUAAUUAACGCACAAUGAGUUUUGUCGGGUUUUGUUUUCAGGGGGUGUGCCAGGGCACGGACCCUCAGGCUCACCCUCCAAGCGACUCUGUAGUUUUCCCAGAUUUUAGUUCCUCAUUUUGCCGAUGAAAAGCAAAAAAGAACUACGUGUCCAGAAGGUGUUGACACGAUGCCUACAUCUAGGUUUAUUUAUUAAAAGCGCUUUUUUACAUUCCUUGCAAUACUGAUGGUGAUGAUGUGCAGGUCUCAUUGGUUUCAUUCUUGCAGUUGCCAUACAGUGCCUUUCCAUUUAUUUAACCCCCACCUGAACGGCAUAAACUGAGUGUUCAGCUGGUGUUUUUUACUGUAAACAACAAGGAGACUUUGCUCUUCAUUUAAACCAAAAUCAUAUUUCAUAUUUUACGCUCGAGGGUUUUUACCGGUUCCUUUUUACACUCCUUAAAACAGUUUUUAAGUCGUUUGGAACAAGAGAUUUUUUUUUUCUUUCCUGGCAGCUUUUAACAUUAUAGCAAAUUUGUGUCUGGGGACUGCUGGUCACUGUUUCUCACAGUUGCAAAUCAAGGCAUUUGCAACCAAGAAAAAAAAUUCUUUUUGGAUUUGAAACUGGACCGAGUAAACGGUGUUUGAGUGGCUGCUGUAUAUAGUUUUAAAUGGUUUAUUGCACCUUCUUAAGUUGCACUUACGUGGGGGGGGAGGGUUGAUAGAAGUUUUUAAUCACAAAGUCACAGGACUUUUUUCUUUUGUAACUGAGCUAAAAAGGGCUGCUUUUUGGUGGGGGCAGAUGAAGGCUCACAGGAGCCCUUUCUCUCAGAGGGGACAAGUACCCUUCCCUUAUUUCUUUCAUUUGAGAAAUGUUUGAAGCAACAGUUGCAGUUGACUGAAGUGCUACUGGAAUUUGAAAACUUGACCUUUUCUUUUCUUUUCUUUUUUUUUUUAAAAAAACAAAAAACGACUUGCCCCUCUUUGGGAAGCUGUGUGCCAAAGAACCAGUGUCAUACCCCCCCUCCUCCCUCCUGCUGAGCUGACGUUGCAUUGUUGCAUAUCCCAGCUACUCUGUGGGUUUUGUGAAGCUGUGUGUGAAGUCUCUACCUCAUUGUAGUAUAUGCAGGCAAGACUGCACUCUCCUACAGAUGUGUGGAGUAAGCUGUGGUGUAGUUUUU